AUGCGAGGACUGGACAACAGCACUUUCCAGUCCAGCAUCCCAGUGGCUGCUGACAUCACAGUGGGUGUGUUUUACUCCCUGUUUGGUGUUUGUUCACUCUGUGGAAACAGCUUGCUGCUCUAUGUGUCCUACAAAAGGAAACACCUCUUAAAACCAGCAGAGUUCUUCAUUAUUAACCUGGCCAUCAGUGACCUGGGCAUGACCAUCAGCCUCUACCCUCUCGCUGUCACAUCCAGCCUCGCCCACAGGUGGUUGUAUGGAAGGACAGUGUGCGUUAUCUACGCCUUCUGUGGGGUUUUGUUUGGGAUCUGCUCUCUGACCACUCUUACUAUUCUCAGCACUGUUUGCUGCCUCAAAGUCUGUUAUCCACUACAUGGUAACAGGUUCAGCUCUGAACACGGUCGUGUGCUGAUAGCCUGUGCGUGGGCCUACGCUCUCGUGUUUGCUUGUUCACCCCUCGCGUACUGGGGACAGUACGGACCAGAACCCUACGGGACAGCUUGCUGUAUCGACUGGGGCCUAUCCAAUCACGACACUAUUGCCCGCUCCUAUAUCACUGUUCUCUUCUUCGCCUGCUACCUGCUGCCCUGCACCAUCAUCAUCAUCUCCUAUACACGCAUACUGCUCACGGUUCGGGAUUCCCGCAGAGCCGUGGAGCAGCACGUCUCAGCGCAGACACGCAUGGGCAACAUCCAGAACAUCAUAGUGAAGCUGAGUGUGGCUGUAUGUAUAGGUUUCUUCAGUGCAUGGAGUCCAUAUGCCCUCGUGUCAAUGUGGGCUGGGUUUGGCCAUUUUGAGGAUAUUCCACCACUGGCCUUUGCUGUCCCGGCCAUGUUUGCGAAAUCCUCCACCCUUUACAACCCCCUCAUCUACCUCUUGCUCAAACCCAAUUUCCGCCACCUGCUCUGGAAGGACAUGCGCUCUCUACGUGGGAUUUGCGUUCACAACUGCCUGUGUUUAACACGAUGCAGCUACCGACCGUCACUGGCCCUCGGUCUACAGCGCCGUGGCCGAUCCAUUUCGGAAUCUGUGGGAGGAGCCAUGGGGUCGUGUUACUGCCCUUGUGAGAAGUGCAAUGACCCAUUUGAGCAGUUUAAACACUAUCCACGGCACUGUCCCGUCAACGUGAACACUGUGCAGCUAUCUCUGCAGGACAGCAUCGAGCUUGAACCCGAGUCAGCACGCGGACCCAGAGUGAUGAAAGAACGGAGACCAAAGAGCCAGUCCAUGGAGGGCAAAAAGUCGGUGCGAGUGAUCGUAAGGGGGCGAAAAUGCUCUGAGAUUGACAGUCUGGAGAUCACGUUGGAAACUCUGCCUGCUUAUGGCGAUGCUGCCAAAAAUGGCAAACCAUAAGACCUGGGCUAUGCAGGGUAUGUGUUUAUAUUAGGGCUGUCGGUCGAUUAAAAUAUUUAAUCGCAAUUAACCGUGUCAUUUUGUAGUUAACAUGUUAUGCAGUCUCUUCUGAGACUUUAGUGUUGUUAUUAUUAGGUUUAAGUAUUUGUAUGGAUGACUUUUUUCAUGCAUACCAAAACUAACUUGUAGUGCUACAUUCAAUAGAAAUUUGCAAUAGGUCAAUAACAAAACAACCUAAAAUGCACUGUAUACUCCGAUGCUUAAUGUAAUUACAUAAAUUAAGUAGUGUAAACUUAAUUUAAUGAAGAAAAUUCUACUAACCUAAAUAUGUGGAGUUUUGUAACAUUUUCUGCUUAAACGUUAUUUAAACAUAUUAUUUUAAAUUAACUUGUUAUUAUUUUAUUAACCUUUUAUUCACUUUUUGUUGGUUAAGCAAGCACAACUGAAAUUUAUAAUUUCACUGUACAAACAAUUUGAUUUUAUCACAUUAAGGCCUGGUUUAACAGACAAGACUUAGCUAAUGCCAGGACUAGGCCUUAGAUGUUUAAGCAACAUGCAUCAGAAAAAGACGUUAAUGAUGUGUUUCUUAAGAGAAAUCAAUGGCUCUUGCAUAGUUUAAUAUAUUUUAAGUCUAGGACUAGCCUUGUCUUUGAAACCAGGGGUAAGUCAACUUGAGUUUGGACUACAUUAAUGAUUCUCUGUGUGUUAAAUCAGCAUUGAUAAAAAUAGGCGGAGCAUUUCCGGUUCCCAGCAUGCUUUGCAUGAGACUGCAUUAUGAGAGCAAUGUUUGACAUUUUUUGUGUUAUUUUAUGUAUUUUUCGCUAAAGAGAAAAAUCUUGUUUUGUUUUUUUCUUUUCUUGUUUUGAGUUAUGGUACAAGUAUAUAUUUGAGUAUAAACUACAAGUUUUAAAAGCUUUUUGGCUUUUGUGUGAACAGAAAGAAAAGAAAAAAAAUAGAAAGAAUGACACACAUUAAAAUUAGUCCAACUGAAAACUGCAUUUUAAUCUACUUAUUUUUACUUUAUUUUUAAGUUCUGUCAACUUGAUGUAGUGGGGAAAUUUGAAAAUUCAAAGUAACAUUAACUGAACAUAUUUUGCAGGUUAACUCUGGUAUACAAAGUAAUUGCAAUUUUGUUGGCUUAAAUUAGUCCAACAUAAAUAAAACUAGUGACCCCAACACAUUUUCUUUAGUUUUAAUAACUUUUA